GCGCCGAAUUUCGGCUUUCAUUCUUUCUUUGCGAGGGGUAGAAUUAGCUGACUUAGCAGCUUUUGGGACGUCCCUUGUCGUGUAAUUAUUGCUUAUUUUGCCUUUCUGCAUCUCUAUUUUCCACUGAUGCGACAUGUCUCUCUGUGAGUGUGUCGUGGAUCCAAACAUCCUGCUGCUACCUGCUGUGCUCAUCUUCCUCUACUUGGGUGGUCUAGUCGUCUCCAUCAUCAACACGGCUGAUUUCUUUCAGAAACGCAAAGAUAUUUACCCAAGUGCCCUUAUUGCGGCUCACCUGUCCUUCUGCGUGAUCGGGGGCGUCGCGUUCUUCUGUGUCAGCUCUGUGCUCUGGUUGUGGUCGGCAAAGUAUAGCUUCACGCACGCUGAGCGGAUGUGGCGCCUGUGUGUUGGGUUGUGGUUUGUCUUCUUCUUCAAAGACCUGCCCCUGGUGAUCCUUGAAACGCACGCCUAUUUCCAGGUGGGGUGGCAGCAUGGCAACUUUAUGGACGCUUCCUUCAUCUUACAAGUCAUCUUCUUCGUUCCGUCGUCCUUGGCGACCUCGGCGACCAUCUCGUGGUACGCAGCGGGCUUCUUAGAGCGGCAGUUCGGUGAUCCAUUGCAGGUCGCAGUGCAGGGGAAGGGAAGUCCUCGGCGGGUGCCGCCGGAGGUAGCGGUGCAGCUGGCCGCCGCCUCCGUGCCUCGCCGCCCUCCGUUGCCGCUACAGGAAAUGCGCUACAGUACGGCGCACCCGCCCCGCCUCUCUCUCACGCCGCGUCCCUACAUCCGAACCAACGUGCAAGAGAUUCCGCACGAGCCGCUGUCAGCGUCGGCGCCUACGAAUUACGUCGUGGCGGAGUACAACGACGACUUUGUGCCCAAUCAGGGUGGGGUGCGCAUUCACUUCCCCGGAAACGCCCUCCGCCUCGUCGAGAGCGAGGAAGACACAGCAGUGUAUCCGGCUGUCAUAUGA